UUUACAUUUUGCUUUAACACGAAUCAGUUUCCUCAUGCCUCUCUCUAGAAGGCUCGAAGUUUCUCCCUUCUCCCUGUGAAGUUAUGCUGUUCAGGGGGUGGGAAACUAAUCUUUUGGCCCACCACUCAAUUUUAAAUUCUCGUUCACACAGUUCAACUCAUCGGAAUUGAAACGCAGGGAAAAGCGAGGAAAAGAAGAGAGAGAGAUGAUUUUUUAGUGAUAGAGAGAGUGGAUUUUGUUUAUCAUCUACGCCAUUGAAGACGAGAAGUGACCUUACUGAAAAAGCUUCGUACCCCUUUUUCUCUCUCUAACUCCAACCCAUACCCUUCCAGAGCAACCUCCAUUACCUGCCUCUAUUGCGUCUCCCUUCCUUUUGCCCAAACCCAAAGACACCCACCGUUCCUCUCUCUAACAACUCUUUCAUGGCCUCCCUUUCAAGUUACCACCCUUUCUGGUUCACUCCAAACGAUACCCAUAUUGUCUUUCAUGGCCAUAACUCCCCCAAAACCAGUUUAAAAGUGGUUCUCUCUCUGAGCCUAGAUGGCCUUAAUUCCAGAGUGAGAAACUCGGUUACUCGAUUAAAACCCACUUCUUCGUUCUAUCGAAAAGCUCUGGUAAUGGGGUCUGCAGGCCAUGGUAGCGUCCCAUUUAGGGCUGUUACAGUUGCUGCAACAACUGCUGAGAAACCCAAGAAAAAGUAUCCUGGUGAAGCUAAGGGUUUUGUUGAGGAAAUGAGGUUUGUAGCCAUGAGGCUUCACACCAGAGAUGUUGCAAAAGAAGGGGAAAAAGAACCAGACGCCCAACCAAUUGGAAAGUGGGAGCCAACCAUUGAUGGGUAUCUGAAAUUUUUGGUGGAUAAUAAGCUCGUGUAUGAUACUCUAGAGAGAAUCGUUCGAAAGGCAUCUUUUCCUGAAUAUGCUGAGUUCAGGCACACUGGUUUGGAAAGAUCAGAGAAGCUGGCGAAAGAUUUGGAAUGGUUCAGGGAGCAGGGUCAUACCAUUCCAGAACCAUCUUCUCCUGGUUCUUCUUAUACUGCAUAUCUAGAAGAACUAUCAGAAAAGGACCCUCAAGCAUUUAUUUGCCACUUUUACAAUGUAUAUUUUGCGCACACAGCUGGUGGACGAAUGAUUGGGAAAAAGGUUGCUGAGAAGAUAUUAAACAAGAAGGAACUGGAAUUCUAUAAGUAUGAUGGAGAACUUUCUCAGCUGUUGCAGAAUGUGAGAGAUAAGCUUAACAAAGUAGCAGAGAGUUGGUCAAGGAAAGAGAAGAACCGUUGCUUGGAGGAAACCGAGAAGUCCUUCAAAUACUCAGGAGAGAUCCUCCGCUUAAUCAUAUCCUGAUCUAUGGAAUUCAAUAUUUAUCGAUGAAUCGGAUGCUGCAAUUCAUGUUUCCUCAGUGAUAUUUCGGUUGCUUUUCUUUCAAUCUUCAGCAAAAACAACAUGAAACUUGUGUGCUUUUUUCUUCAUUUUCUUUUGAUGUAAACAUGUUACUUUGAAGUUGUAUAUAUAUAUGGAAAGGUGAUUUAUAUAUUAA